AAUCUGUCUCUACAACUAAUUAUAUUUGAACAGGCAUGUGCUGGACCUACAACAUGGGUGAGCUACUGGGAGAAGGAGGAUUUGGUGCCGUAUAUGCUGGUGUCCGUGCCCAUGAUGGUCUUCCGGUGGCAAUCAAGUUUGCCAAAAAAAUGGAGGGCAUGGAAUAUCUCUACGUUCCUGGCCUUCCAGAACUUGUACCACUUGAAAUCGGCCUCACACUUAUGGCAAACAAGGGUCCCAGCUCACCCAACAUAAUCGAUCUGCUGGAUUGGCAGGACUUUCCAGACCAUUAUAUAAUGGUCCUGCAGCGCCCUUCACCAUGCCUGAGUGUGUUCAAGCUGUUGGAGAGCUGUGGCAACAUCUUUGAAGAAAGGUUUGCUCGGUAUGUGAUGCGCCAGGUUAUCGAGGCAGCUGAGACCUGCUGCCGGCGCGGAGUAUUCCACAGAGAUAUCAAAUUGGAGAACUUGAUCAUCAACACACACACCAUGGAUGUCACACUGAUUGACUUCGGCUGUGGGAACCUGUUCCAUGAAACAGAGUACCACACUUUUAGUGGUAUGUACAGUAUUAAAACUUUAGUGUCAUGACACACAAGCUGCUGAAUACAGUAAAAACAAACUGUUGUAACUCAGACAUGCAAAUCUCUUUCCUCCAGGCACAGAGAUGUACUGCCCUCCAGAGUUUUUCGAAACGGGCAAAUACUUAGCACGGCCAGCAACUGUGUAUUCGCUUGGAGUGCUGCUAUACACUAUGGUGUGCGGAUAUAUGCCAGUCUACACGGAUCGGGAAAAGAUGCAGCACUGGCUGUGGUAUCUGCCG